UACGGAUGCCCGUGUGGCCACACUAAUUAUUGUCAGCGGCAGGGAGUGAUAUGGACUCGAAGAGAAACGCAGCGUCCUGCCCUUCUACAUCUUGAAUAGUGGGAGUCAUGAACCGCUGCAAGGUGACGCGUCCUCUGAUUUCAAGCGAAACUUCCACCUAGACACGCCGCGUUAUUUACCACCAUCUGAAGCUCCGUCAAGCUGCUUUUUUCCUCCUUUCUCUCUCUACCCCCUCUUUCAUCAAAAAACGACGGGACCAUCUUGCGCAGCGCUACGGGAGAGAGGAGCAAGCGGUGGCGGCGGGCAGGCGGGCGACAGGCGGCGGGCAGCGGCGGCCACUCCGGGGAAUGUCGACUGGCCGUCAGUCCUGACAUCGGCCUCUUCUGAUCUCCGCCAAAUGGGGUCUCUGUGUGGUCAGUGAAGCAUCAUGGAGAACAGCAUGGCAGUAUGUCAACUGAGCGUCUAGGUGAGAUGAGUGUCGCCUGUAAGCAAUGUGAGCUCUGCUGACUAACAGGCCCAGAAAUUCUCCGUACCAGACCUCCGCUUCAAUCACCAGCCAUUCAAAUGCACCCAGACAAUAAACUGGCCAAUCAUGGCAAGCAGGUCAGCAGCGACGGCCGAUCCCAGAUACCCGGCGUGAACCAGCAGCAGCAGCAGCAGGGAGCUGCCGCCCACUUGGGUUCAAAGGGGGUCGGUGCUGGGAGCCAUGGAGUCAAAACCAACCAGAUUUCCCUCGGCAACCCCGGGCUGAAGGCCGUCAGCCAAUCAGUGAGCAGCGUCGGGGGGAUGCUGAAAACCAAAUCCAAACGGGAGCGGAGUGUCUCCAUAGAUUCUGGUGAAUCAAGAAAUGCCAUUCCUCCAGUCCUGGAGGCAGAUGCCAAAGGAGAGGGUGUGAUGCGCAGUAAGCGGCGUUGUGUUCUGGAGAAGAAACAGCCAUAUAGUGGAGAUGAAUGGUGCUCUGGACCUGACACAGAGGAGGACGAAGACAAGCCGCACACUGCAGCCCACCGGGAGCGAGGGCUGGCAGGUCCUAUCCAGGGAAUCUCCGAUCGCCUGUCUGCUGGACCUAUGUCUGAACCAGUGGGCCCGGUUAUGGGAUGUGGAGUGGGUCCAGGGAUAAAACCAGAGCCACCUCAGCCUUCACAGCAAGUGGUGUAUGUUUUCACAACCAGCCUAGCCAACAGUGCUGCAGAGGCUGUAAUGAAAGGGCAGACUGAUUCCAUCCUCCUCUUUCACCAGCAAAAUGUUCCACACUCCAAGUUGGAGCAGGGCCACCCAUCAGGGAAGCUUCCUAACCUGCCUGAGAAGGUAAACUCCAGCAGCUCUCCACCCACUGGCACCCCUAAAUCUCAAAGUGGAACUCCACGUCCGGCUUCUGCAGGAGUUGGGGGUCCGCUGCAUCCUGCAGGCACGCCAUCAUCAGCAGGACACUCUGAUAAUGAAUCCUCUCAGACCAGACCUGGCGGAGCUUCCAGCAAUAACAGCAUCGUCCCCUGCAGGUCAGAUGGAGGGAGCACAGCCACGCCUGCAGGCCCAGAACCAGGGUCUGGAGAUGGGGAAGGUGCGGGCAGCAUGCCUCUUCCUGUUGCUACUGUUUCUCCCUCUGGAAGUCCCUCCAUCCUCUCUGCACACCUACAGAGUGAUACAAUCCAGAGGAGUGGCCCAGGGAACACAGAUGGCCUUUCCAAAGAACAGCUGGAACACAGGGAGCGCUCUUUACAAACGCUCAGAGACAUUGAGAGGCUGCUUCUGCGCAGCGGAGCUGGUGGAGGUCCUGCAGACCCAGGAGGCUCCAACAACAGCGCUCCCAAUAACUCAUCCAAUCUAAAUAAUAGCAACAAUACUGAUAGGAGUGGUAUUCUGGAGGACAGUGAUAAUGGUACUAAUAACUCUGGAAAUUGCAGUAGUGGUAAUUUGUUAUCAUCUGCUUUGGCCCCAAUGGGAGGGAUGAAGAAGUAUGAAGAACCCCUCCAGUCUAUGAUUUCCCAAACACAAUCGCUUGGUGGACCUGCCCUGGACAGCCCUCAAAUGGACUCUCACCAUAACCUACCGCAACACCCCCAUCACCAGCUGUCUCCACCUGGGGACGACAUGGUUCAGUUACUGGGACCAGAAGGGCUGACCCCAGAGCAGAUGGCCUGGAGGAAACUUCAAGAAGAAUAUUACCAGGAGAAGAGGCGGCAGCAGGAAAUACAGCCGCCUACACAUCCCCAGCACUUUAGAAUGAUGUCUGAGAUGGGCAUGCAUGGAGGCCCCAUGAUGAUGAGAGGACCCCCUCCUCCCUACCACAGCAAGCCUGGAGACCAGCAGUGGGGUCCUUCCAAUAUGAUGGCUGGAGGAAUGGGUGGAAAUGCACGAAUGAUGGACAUGCACCAAGAAGGACCCCGUGGCCCAAGGUUCAUGGGGCCGAUGCAGAGAGGGCAGCCUGGGGGAGGGGGUUUUCCUGGUAGUCCAGGGCCGGUUUUAUCAAUGGAAAGCCUAGGACCUCAAAGGCCCACCCGCCCAGGUAUGAUUUGGUUAGAUGAUAUGCCCAACAACAUCAGUGGUGGAGGUCCUUUUCAUGGCUGCUACCCUGGUGGACCUCCUCAACACUUGCAAGGUGACCCAGAGCAUUUGUUGACACGUGAGGAAAUGUUUCGCAUCAUAGAGAAACGGCACAUGCAGGGUGUUUCCAGGUUUGAACUUGACAGAUUAGCUAAACAGCAGCAACAAGGAAACCUUGGCUCAAGAAUUAUGGAAAAUCUAGGAGGUCCAGACUUUCCCAAUUUAGGAAUGGGCCGGGGUCCGCCCAACGUUCGAGGUGAUCCUAUGGACUUUCCUGCUUCACGGGAGAUCAUGGGUUCUCCUGGAGGGGGUCCUCAGAUGAGAGACUUGGUGGAUUCUCCUCUGGGGGGCAACCUCCCAAUGAACAUGAACCCACAGAUGAAUGUUCAGCAGCAGAUGAUGUUGUCCCAGAAGCUCCGAGGGGGUCAUUCAGGAGGGGGACCUUUAGGUGAGAUGUUUGGCGCUGGAGAGAUUUCACGAAUCAGGGCUUCACAGAAUGGAAGAGGAGGAAAUAAGGGAAUGGUGCCAGGACCUGAUGGCCACUUCCAGUUUUCCAAUCAAGGUCCCUUCUCUGGAGGGCAGGUGGAAGGACCCUACCUUCAACAACCUGGUCCUGAGAUGUUUGGGCCUGACCAGCAAGGUCCUAAUCAAAUGGGAGGUACAUCACGGCUUAGUCAUAUGCCGAUGAGCGGAGGCCUUAGGGGAGCAGACCUCGGUCCGCGGCACCCCUCUGACCUGUCAGUCAAUGUGAACCCCCUGACCUCUCCUUCAGUGCCUCCUCCUCAUCAGCUCAAGUCUCCAUCCCUCAACCAAGAGCCAUCUCCUCUUCUACCUUCCCCUUCGGCUCCAGGACUUAAGUCCCCGUCACAGAUGUCCUCUGCUGGGCAUCACCCUCCUCUUCCCCCUGCAUCUGGUGCUGGAACUCCUUCCUCUUCUUCCAUGAAGUCUCCCCAGGUAAUGGGGUCUUCCAACCUUGGAUUGCACUCUCCGUCUGCAUCUCCUGGACGACUCAAGUCCCCGGCCAUGGCUGUGGGCUCUCCAGGGUGGACGUCUCCGAAAACAGCUCUUCCAAGUCCAGGUGGUCCAACCGGUGGGAAGGUAGUGGGCAACGGAGGAAGUAGCUCCACUGAGACAGGCCAAUCACUUCCUCCCAGGAGUUCCAACUCUACCCCCAUUAGCCAGCCAGGCUCAAUGAAUCCUAGUAUGCCAUUUACUUCCUCUCCCGAUGCCCCACCAUCUCAGAAUCCUUUAUCUCUGAUCAUGUCUCAGAUGUCCAAGUAUGCCAUGCCCAGCUCUACUCCUCUCUACCAUGAUGCAAUCAAAACAAUCGCCACUUCCGACGAUGAGAUGCUGCCAGAUCGGCCUCUUCUAUCUGGUGUCAGCAUUGGAGGAAACAUGGGGAAUCCCCAGGCAUCACAGAUCAUGGUCUCCCAGGGAUCCAUCGGGCCCCACAGUGAUCCACAAAGCCCGAUGGGUAUUGUAAGCCAAGGUCAGCAGCACCUGUCCCAUGACGCCUCGGGACCUGUGCUUUCUUCCCCAAACCAAAUGGCCAUGACUGCCAUGAAUUCUGCCAUGAUGGGAGGAGGAGCACCUGACGGCAUGGGGCCCUGCAACGUUUCACCAAUAUCUCAGAACCAGAUGGCGGGUUUUCCUCGCAUGCAGCCGCCGUCACACGGGCCCAUGCACUCGCCUAUUGGAGGAAUGUCACAGAAUUUCUCUCAGUCCAAUGAGGAUAUUCUGCCACAUCAGCAGCUGCACCUGCUCAGCAAAGGCCAUCCUCACCAACGUCCCUCUCACCCAUCAGACUCAUUUGCCUCUCUUCCUAUGGGAGAUGGGCCGGAUCUGAGUGAAGUCAUACGACCCAGUCACACAGGGAUCCCGGAGUUUGAUCUCUCCCGCAUCAUUCCUUCUGAUAAGCCCAGUAGCACUCUUCAGUACUUCCCGAAGAGUGAGCCACAUCAGAAUCCACACUCGGGGCCACCAUCCCAGCAGCCUACUCCACAGCAGCUGCUCAAACAGCUGUCUUCUUCUGGCCCUCCGCACAGCAGCGGCCCUUCAUCCAACCCCCAUUUAGCGAGCCUACAGAACAUGAUGGCCGAACAGCAGCUGCCACCUCACCCCUCACACGGUGGAAUACGCCAAAGCAUGGGCAUUCCUCAGGGGGGCUCCAGGGGUAUGGUGUCUGGUGGAGGCAUGGGCCCCAUGUGCGGCCCUGGACACAUGAUGGGAAGGACAGGACUGGUGUCCCAGCAGCAACUCCAGCAACAGCAAGUCAUGAUGGCCAACAGCCUCCUCCACCAUCCUUCCAACCCAUACCCCGGCAUGAUGCCCUCCCAGCAGCACCCACACAAUCUGAUGGCACAGCAGAAUAUCAUGAUGAUGCAGGCUAAACAGCGAAGCAUGUCGAUUCCAGGGGAACCUUUCGGACCCCAGGGCCCUCUAAUGUCCCCUCAGGGUCCCAUGAUGGGCCCUCCACACCCACAGUCUGGUAUGAUGGGCCCACAGUCUCUCAGACAGCGGGGAAUGUCUCUGGACAGUCCCAUUGGCUAUGGCCCCGGCGGUAUGGCCAAUAUGCCAUUCUGAUCCAGCUCAAUAAACUGUAAAAAAAAAAAAAACAAACAAAAAAAAAACACGUGUUCACUAGGUUACCUUCCCAUUGUGUCCAAAUUUUUUCAUUACUGUUAUUCUUGUAGUUGUUUGAAAAGAGUAAUCAAUUAAACAAAAAAAGAAAAAAAAUCAAAUCAGCGCUAAUCUUCAAAUUGGGGAUUAGAACUGAUUAAAAUGAAAUAUUUAAAAGCACUGUAACACUGUUCAAUAACAAAUUUGAAGCCAUUUUCUAAAAAUACUGUAAAAUGUGUAUAUUUCAAAAAAUGUGUGUAUUUGUUGUGGGAACAGAGUGGCGGUCAGGAGAGGAGUGCCUCAAAUUUCUAUUUGUUUUAAUAUCAUUGAUUUAUUUUCUCCAACUACCAAACUGUUGUGCAAAGGAAUUAUAUAAAUAUAUAUAUAAUAUAUACUUGCUGUACAUAAGAUGCAAUUUGUGAUUGUUUGCAGUUGUUCUGUAUAACUGUGUUUUAAUAGGAGUCUAAAAAUAGAAUAAUAACAAUCUCUGA